UGCAAUAGAUAUUACUUCUAAGAAAGUGCUUUCAAUAUCUGCGAGGGUCCUGCGCUGAUCGUGUGUUUGGAGAAGUUCGAAGUGUGUGGUUUGGUGGGCUGGGAAGGGAAGGGGCGCGAAAUGGAGGUUUCCAGCCAGGAGCGAAGUAUUAAACAAGGGCGGCGGUAUCCAAAAGACGUCAAGUCGAGAUCGAAGCCGAGGAGUACAGAAAACGAGUGUGGGGUUCGUAUCGAAGGUUGGAGUGAGGUUGAAGAAGUGUUGGUCAAGAAAGACCACGACGUUGGUGUUGGCGAUAGAGGAGGCGAUUGCUGGAAGAAGAACGCCAAGACCUUGAACCUUGAUAAUUUUGACGGGCUUGCCAGGUACGGGAGCGUUCAGGGGUGUGCCCUGGCAGGCCUGCGAAUCGAAUCGAGGGGCCUUGCAGACGCCCACAGCUCGCACAGCAGCCGCUUUUUGACGCACGAAGUUCCGGGGGAUCUCAAGCCCUUGUCCUUGGAAUCUGUUGAAGACGCGAAAACAUCAAUACAACCGUAAUGACAGAAGCCCUCAGGUCGCGGUGUCGCCAGUCGGAGGCAAUGGCAAAGGUGGAAGGGGGCAGGGC